AUGGAGAAGAGGGAGAUCCUGGAACUCCUGGACUCGGUGGAGAAAAAGGGGCUGAUGGAAACACUGGAAGUAAAGGUGUUCAAGGAUUCAAGGGGGAACGAGGAGAUCCUGGUCUACCAGGGGACACUGGCCCAAUGGGAAGAGAAGGUGACAUCGGUGCUAAAGGGAAUGCAGGAUUCAAUGGGCGAAAGGGUGAAGCUGGAUCCCUGGGUCCUAAAGGAGAAUCUGGAAGAGCUGGACCUCGUGGGCUGCAGGGCAUGGAUGGAUCUGAUGAAAUUGGAACCCCUGGACCUAAAGGGCGAGAGGGACCACGAGGAUACCCUGGUUUUCCUGGUCAGCCGGGACCAAAUGGUAUCCCUGGAACCUCUGGUGUUGGGGGACGUAAUGGUUCAAGAGGGCGCAGGGGGGACUCGGGCCAACCUGGUGUGCUGGGAAGUCCAGGCGAAGUGGGAUAUCCAGGAACAAGGGGCCUCAAAGGGCCAAAGGGGCCAGCAUCCUUGCAACCAUGUGAACUCCUGUCAUACAUUCGUAAUCAUUGCCGUAAGUAGCCUAGUUCUUCACUACAUCACAAUGUUUUUAAAGCAGCUGUUUCUUUUAAUUAAUUCUCAUGCGAAGACUUUAAAAAGCUUGCUGUUCAUCAAGUAA